UUUUUUAAGUUCACAUGAUGAAUUUGUCUAACCAUCAAAACAUUGACAUUAAACCGUAAUUUACAAUGGAAAGCAAACGUUUUGGUCAAUCCAGUAAUGAUAGCAGUCGAUGUACCCUGUUUAAUACAGAUUCUGACGACUAUCGAUGUGUGGUAAUUCUCACUGUGAAAAGGGCCACAGCCACUUUCUCUUUAAUAGGAUGCCUCUUUAUGCUGUUUGUGAUCUGGCUUCUGCGGCGGUAUCACUCCCUGGCUCAGAAGAUGAUCCUGAGCCUGACCGUGGCGGCCUUCUUUGACAGCAUCGCGUACGUCAUGGGGGAGGACCAUCCGGAGGGAGGGCUCUGUAACUUCCAGGCCUGGUGGCUCACAUACUUCGAUUGGAGUGCCCUGGCCUGGGUCUGUCUCAUUACGCUCAACCUCUACCUUAACCUGGUCAAGGAGAUGAGGACGGAUCAGUACCAGAUACCGUACCACGUCCUGGCCUGGGGUGUGCCGCUGCUGAUGUCAUGCAUGCCCUUGUUUGGGGGGUUCUACGGACCGGCAGGGGCUUGGUGCUGGAUCACAGAAGAACACGUAGCCUGGAGAUUUGGCAUAUGGUACGCCCCACUCUUCACCCUCAUCUUCCUGAUGAUCUUCUGCUACGCCCGCAUCAUCUACGUGGCCAACAAAAGGAUGCAGUCCUGGUUUGGGACAUUCAAUCCGGAACGGGAGCGGAGGAAGGUGUCCCUGGCAGAGGAAAUCAAACCGCUGAAGUGGUACCCAUCAGUGUACCUGCUGGUGUCCCUCUUUCCCCUCAUCAACAGGCUCCAUAAUGCCUUCUACCCGCGGGACCCUGUGUUCUCUCUGACUGUGCUGCACGUGUUCUCCGCCCCUCUGCAUGGCCUGGCCAACGCCUUCGUCUUUGGCCUGGACAGGGACACCUGGGGCCAGCUCAGCCUCACCGGUAUCCAGCUGGCCCUGCACUCCCGCCUCUUCGACAGGACGCAGAUCCGCGAGUACCACCCGGGGCCCGUGCGCUAUAUGCCCGCAGACGAGAUGGGAUUCUCCGACUCCGACGAUGACACCAACGUGCUGUUCUUCUCCCCGGACAUGGCUCUAAAGGACAGGGGACCCUGAGGGACCGGCGGGCGGCUGACAGCGCUCAGGUCGAGGCGAGAGAGGGAGAGGGAGAGGGGGAGGGAGAGAGGGAGAGAGAGAGAGUGCGAGGGGGAGCGCGGUCUGUGCGGAGCGGUUUGCAGGAGGACAGCCAGGCAGACACUGGAGACGAGCUGUCAGCCUCCAUUAUUAAUUCCCGGCUCUUAAUAUUUAAUGUCAUAAAACUGCAGCUCGCUGCGCUGCUGCCGAGCCAUCAGACAUGCAGAGGACAUAUCAAACUGAGCUCUACAGACAGGGGUGCAGGGGAGAGGGGGAAAGUGCACUAUCCAAAGCUCAUCGUGGCUUCAAGGAACAAUUUCUAUUCCUGCAGUAUUUCUUUCCAGUUUACAUGGCAUAUGUUUAUUAUUGUAUUAUAUGAUAUUGCUGCUUUUUAUCUACACCUUUAAGGAUUUUUGUAAUCUGUUAUGCUUCUAGAUUUUUUUGUAUGAUGUGGUUUGCUUACAGACAUAAGCAUGCAGUGUUCUACUCUCUGUAUUUAAGUAUAUGUAUAUUUUUGUAUGGAAAUGUACUUGAAUGUGUGACGUGGGUGCUAACAGAGACAGGAUCUAGCCCAGACAGUGCGGGCCAGGGGUGGGGUGUGUGUGUGUGUGUGUAGAUAGAUAUGAUCAAGUGAGUGAGUGAGUGUGUGUGGG